CCUGGUCCCUCUCCAUCGCCUGGUUCCCCAUCACCUGGUCCCUCUCCAUCAUCUGGUUCCUCUCCAUCGCCUGGUUGCCCUCCAUCCAUUCUUUCCUCUCCUUCCUUCUCCUCUCCAGUUUUGAACAAAGUGGAGAGGAUGUCCCCACACAUCAUCAACACAACCUCGCUGGGGUAA